AUGGACUUUGACAGCCAGAUCUUUAGGAAGCUGAGCAGAAGGUACAGCACCAAGUCGGACAUAAGGAUGGUGCGCCGGCCAAGGAUAUCAAACUUCUAUCUCAAAAAAGGCGACAAGUACGAAUAUGUGGCCUACAGACUUACUUCGAUGAAGCCAUACUUCCUGGAGCUUCUCGGCAUAGAAGACUUUUCGCCUGUGAAUAGCAUUUCAAGCACCUCUUUUUACACAUAUGGCAUCAUCAUGAAUCCGUUUGGACACAAGUUGGACUCCCAAAACACAUUUAUUGCAUCGAACAUUGAUGGAAGCAACGAUGUGGUUGUGAAGUUGAAUCUAUCGCAUCUAAGGAGAUAUUCUGUGUUCCCUGGGCAGAUUGUUGCCGUUAAGGGAAAGAAUAUUACGGGAGGCGAGAUAACAGUGGAAACUCUUCAUUGCAUACCCGUUGUGGAUAUCAAUGAGGAGAAGGAUGGCAAGGAAGAAAAGCAUAACCAACCGUCUAUUGUUGCAUUCUCGGGCCCCUACGGAUUUGCAUCUGAGUUUGAUGUUCUCGACAGGAUCCUUAUGGAAGAAGCUGAUGUGUUGAUACUGGUUGGGCCAUUUAUAAGUUCGGCCCACGGAAGUGAAGACCAUUCUCCAGCCUCGAUGAUGGAGAAAGAGUUCGUUCCAAGGAUCAGGCGAUGGCUGAAUGAAAGACCAGGAAGUAAAGUUGUUCUUGUGCCGUCUGUCAACGACAUAACAUGUCUGGGUGUGUUUCCUCAGGGCCCAAUAGACAUUGAUGAGGAAAGAAUUGUAUGUACAAGUAAUCCCUGCGAGUUCUUUUUAAACGAGUUCCUGGUGUGUGUUUCUUCUCUGGACACACCUCUUGAGAUAAGCUCGGAAGAGUGUUUCCAUGACUCAGGCCUGGAGUCGGAGGAUGAUGCCUGUGGAAAUCUUCUUUUUGGAGGAGAUAGGCUGAAAAGGAUAGCAUAUCAUCUUAUCUUCCAAAGAACUUUUCUUCCGGUCUUUCCGUCUCGGAAUGUUGUUUCGUAUUCUGUGCCAGAGAAUAUGUCCAUGGACACGGCGCCAGACAUAUACAUUGUUGUGUCCAGGCUGAAGCAUUUCUCCAGAGAUGUAGGCCCUUCUGUGGUGGUCAAUCUGGGACUGCAGACAGGGAAGACAGAGAAAGUGGCAUGCCAUAUAAGACUUCCUGAGGCAGAGGAGCCGAAGAAGUUUUCUGUGGAAUUUGUAGAUUUGGAGAUCUCCAUGCCUAGAGAAAAUAAAUAA